AUGUCUUCGAGAAAAGACUUUGAAAACGGACAGAAGAGGAGCGUUUCGAAAGGAAGGCAGCGAACAGCAGGUUGGGGUGUUCUUAAAAAAUCUACAGCACUCUUCGUCGUCGUCUGUGUCGUUCUUUUUAAAGUCUCGUUCUUUUUAAAGAAAUUCCACACGUUCUCGACGACGAGGCGUGAUCACGACGCGAAGAAAAAAGAAAAGGACGACAACAACGUACCUCCGAGGAGAGCGUUGUCGACGGAGAGCAGCGGCAACAGCAACAACAGAGCUCGCGAUUUGGGGAUAAACGCGUUUCGUUUGAACACGUUUAAUCUGGACGAGACCUUUCCCCGGAGAUUUAUAUCGCCAAAAACGUCCAACGAAACCUCUUCCGUUGGAGAAGCAGAAAAAGAAAAAGAAGGAGAAGGAGAAGAGGAAUCUCAGGAGUUUCUCGCGAAACUUAUAGACGCGUUCAUGAAGCAAAACUCAGCCUUGUACGAUGCUAAAAUGAAAGCUUUAGGUGGUGUGCGUUCAUCGCUCGAUGACGACGACGACGACGCGUUCGUCUCCUCUUCGUUUCCUUUGCAACGCUUGCGCCGGGUGGACGCGUGCGAGCCGAGGUGCGAGGGCGAGUUUCGACGCACGGGUGGGUUCGGGUUGCUGCCUCAGUUCUUCGCGAACGUGGCAGAUCCGAAUUGGGACAGUUUGGAAAACAGAUUGAACGCGACGAGAGAAAACGCGAGAGAAUUCUUCGCACAUUUCGCAGAAUUUUACGUCCAAGACGAGGACGAGGAAGACGAGGCGAUGAAAACGGCGUUGAAGAUUUUCAACGGGUUGGUCACCGCAAAAGAUGAUAGAUUGCUGUAUAACGGCAUGAAUAGUAAUAACAACAACGUAAUUUUAAGAGUAUUAGCUGGAGAAGAGAGAGAUGUGAUUCGGAAAGCUAUGUUAAUGGGAAAAGAGAUGUCUUAA